AUGACGUCCCUUUCUCAGUAUGCGUCCCGCUUUCUCUCCUCAGGGCUUGCUACUCCAACACGGCCUGGUACGGGCGCUGAUCAAGACGUCGACGACCCGGGCGAUCCGCUCUUCUAUAGUCACGCCUCCAUCUCUGGCGCCCCUUUCUCGCACCCCGCGAGUCGUCACCAUCCUUAUGGCCCAGAAUACAGCCUAUCCAGCUCCGAUGGGCUUCCCACUCCUCCAACGAAUUGCAGAGCCGGCACUCAGAGUGGCAUCCUACACAGUCUCAGAGGCGCCAGUCGGUUCGGUCCCUCUUCCUUCAUCGCAUCGGGCCGGGGCAGACCGACAGGCGGCGCUGCGUACUCUGUCCAUGACUCUAUGAUUCGCGAGAUCGACGACGAGGACGAUGUCGAUCUCUGGCAAGAUGACCGACAUGUGCCACGCUCGGCUGCUCUUCCCGCCGAAAAUGUUGCAGAUAGUCUAGGCGGGUCCGCACAUGCCUCAGCCUCGACGCAGCAAAGAACAGCCCACCUCCUAAAUGCAUCCGCCCCAUCUGCCGCAAUCGCUGGUCAGUCGUCAUUCAGAGUACCAGUCACGUCGCGUAGAGCUCCGGCAAACGACACGCAAGAUCCUUUCCUCGCCGAGGGAGACUUCGACGAUGGCGCGAGCCACCACAGCCUUGCCAGCACCAAGGACCAUCGCACAUCGGAUGAACAUUCCGUCCAGCUCGAACGACCUGCUGAGAGCUCGCGUUCGCAGACAGUAGCACAUCAUCAGCGUCGUGAGGCUGCCAAGACAAGAGGAUGGCUCGCGCAUGGGUCCGUCCUCGACACUGCCACAAACUCGACACGCACUCCAACGCGCAGAGAGCCUCGCUACGAUCCAUCUUCGUCGAGCAUCUAUUCUCACUCAGGACGCAGGACAGACGCGAGCCAGCUGGGGGACUCUUCCAUCUAUGCUCAGCCCAACAGGACCAACAAGGCGCGCAGCAAGGUCAGUCGCCCACAUCAAAGUCGCGGCGAAGGUCUCUUCAGCAUCUACGAUGAAAGGGAAGAGGAAGACGACGAGGACCGCUCCGACAUGUCACGGUCCAGAUCCGGGUCCGUCUCAGCUUCCUCAGUCACAGAAUCAGAAUAUGACACGGAGGGAGAGAGUCGUCGUGCGCAGCCAAGUCGCCGCAUGUCGCGCAACCGGGCUCGCCAGAUGACCUCGACCCUGCGCGAGCCUCUGCUGCCCUCGGGUUCUGGCAACGCACGUCCGUUGAAGAUAGCCAUCAGGCACAACUCGGACGAGACCGAGGAGGAGGGCGACUCCGAUCUCGACGGGCAUCAACGGUCACGUCGUAGCGGCGGCAAACCCGGUGCUCGCAAGCGCGAAGAGGACAUCAUUGACGAGAUCCAUCUGUACCCUGCUCCACCCGCACGAGCGGGCUGGGGUCCUUGGGCGAAUCGUCUCGCAUUCGGCAAGUACCGAGACAAGACCGCCAUUGCCAGCUUCGCUGCCGCUGUCUGCGCCACUGUCCUCAUUGGCGCUUACCUCAGCUGGGGAGCUCGAACCCCUGCCCAGCCCAAGACUCCAAAGACGCGACCAUCUUCGUACUACACCAUCACCCGCUCUCUGCCCAUCUUGAUCUUGCUUACCCUGCUGUCGUUCGGCGCGGGGGUCGGCAACUUGCUAUUGCUCCGCAACCUCAAUCGCUUCGGCGGCGCCAAAGUGCUGCGGACCGGCUUGAUGGGCGUGCCCAUUGUGCUGGGCCUAGGAUGGGCUUGGGCAUUUGCUGGAAGCUUCAUCUACGACGACGAGGCCUGGUCUGGCGGCGGUUGGAGCACAACUGGACUGCGCGUCAUCUCCAUCGUCCCACUGGCGCUUGCCGUCAUCUUUGCUCGCAUGGUGUGGCAGCGUCGCAAGGCACUCUCCCGGUCGAUCGCCGUACUGGAGCUCUCUUGCAACGUGGUCCUCCAGCAUCCCGCCCUGCUCGUGUUGGCGCUGGCCUCUCUGGGUGCGUUCGCGCUCAUCACCGUGCCGUUCCUCUUCCUCUUCACCAGGCUAUUCCUCGUCGGCCAUUUUGGUCGACAGGUCGGAGACACGAUGGAGUGGGAGACCGACACCAAGGCAGCUUGGCUCGCCUGGGCUACGCUGUGUGCCUGGCUGUGGACCUGGGCCGUCUUGCGAGGUGUGCAGCGCGUUACGGUGGCAGGCGUGGUCAGCCAUUGGUACUUUCAUCGCAUCGGUGACGAGGCUAUCGAUACCGACGCUCAAGCCGGCGCAGGAUCUUCAGCUAGAGUGCCAUCUGGCACAAGCGCUGGCGGCGCUGGACGUCCUCGUUCCCUCGACAAGCGACGCGCAGAUGAAAGCCAGGCGAACAACAUCCUCUUCGACGGUGACUCGAUCUAUGAUGAACAGCCUGGCGCUCCAGGCUCGUAUCCGCAGCAGAGCUCGAACAGUUCAGCACGUCGACACGCAGCACCAGAUCCGACAGAAGUGGUUCGAGUCUCUUUUGCCAGAGCAACUGGACCUGCGCUGGGCACGAUCUGUAUGUCGGCAUUGAUCCUGUCUAUUGUCAAGACACUGACGGUAGUGGCAGAGACAGCGCGUCGCAUCUCGGACGCUGCUACCCAGCGUAGGGUACCAAAGUUCCUACAGCCUCUGACCCACGUCGUCGUGCUGCUUGCCGGUCUAGGUGCGGUCCUGCAGGGCUACAGUAACCUGGCUCUCGUCUACGUCGGGGUCACAGGCGAUGGCUUCUGGACUGCAGCCAAGAAGAGUGCGCAGCUGGUCAGCAGAAGAGGAGUGCAAGGCGUGAUGGAAGGUCUGGUCGUCAAUUUGGUGCUGGACUUGACCGCCAUCGCGCUGUCCUUCCUCGCCGGCCUCGUAGGCUUCCUGUUCUCAGCACAUCAGCUGCAUGUGCCUGCAGAUGCUCCGCUGGUGGGUCUGCUGUGCGCCCUGCUCCCAUACUGGACCUUGCGGCUGUGUGCCGACGUGCUGAGCAACGCCUCGGACACUCUCUACCUCUGCUAUGCGAUUGAUCAUGCUUCCAACGACGAGCACUGCCCCAAAGCCGCGGAGGCUUUCACGGCCAAGUCGACGGCCGUCUCGGAUUCCAUCCUUCCCUUUUGA